AUGUCGAGAAUUGGUUUGGCGUUUUCUGGCGGCGGUAUCAGGUCAGCGGCUUUCUGUUCCGGAGUCCUGCGCAGAUUACUGCAACUCAAAGUGAAAAUUGAAAACAUGAGCUGCGUGUCAGGGGGCGGUUUCACAGGUACAGCCUACCUGGAUUGGAAAUAUCGGAAUGGGCAAAAGGACAACCCAAAAUGGCAUCAGGAAUUCUUUAAUCAAAUGAGAGAGAGAACUGGCUAUUUCUGUAAUUGGCAAAGCCUUGUUACAGGUUUGAUCGAUACAGUGCUAGUUACUACGAUAAUAGCACUCGUGUCCGUGAUUCUACCGGCUCUUAUCUGGAUGACCUAUGCAUGUCCUCUUGCAUACUUGGUCGAUUUCUUAGUUGGAGAUCUGUUACGAGCCACUUCGCAUGCGCAUAAACAUAAACACAACGUUCCGGACCUUGUUUACCAAAGAAACGUUCUGUUCGCCAGCCUUUUGGUGACGAGCGUUUUUAGUUUCAUAGUUGGGAGCAUUAUUCCGUGGGCAUAUAUUUUUAGGCUCAUCUCAACUUCAGCGCUGGUUAUUCUUGCUCUUUGUGUCUUUCCUUGGGCAAUUCACGCUAUUCUAGAGAACGCACCUACAUUGAUACAAUUGCUGGUGCUUAUCCUCGCUGCUAUUGUUUGGCUUGGUUUUCCAGCGUUCCGCCGACGAGCUGAAAUAGUUAUGGUGCUGUUUGCCUACGCGUUUGUCAUUCACUUCCGUGUCUACAAGCAUCUCUUUGGCGGUUUGGAGUAUUCUGACUUCACCUUUCAUGUCCUUAUCUGGGUUUCUGGUAUACUGCUUUGGAUACUACCUUUUCUUGGGGCAAUUCAGCAGAGACUGAUGAACGUUUUUAACCGGUAGGUUAGCACGUAAUAUCAAUGAAAGGAGACGUCGGGGUGGUGAGAUCCGCGUAUGGGUUCAUCUGAAAAGCUCUGAAAACGUAAGGAAAAGGCUCUGAAUGGAGAGAAGAAAGUGUAUAAUUUAAACAGGGCAAAUAUCUUUUUACAUGACAUGACAUUUUCCGAAGGGGAGAGUUUUUUUUUUUUUCGUUUCCCUCCAAGAAUCGAUGUUCUUGUGAUCUAUUGACGUUUGAAGGUACGGGUCUUUCUUUUUCAUGAAACUGAAAAAUAAUGCACUGCGUACUAAAAAUAAUUCCAGGGGAUGUCAUCAACUUAAAAUUAUAGCAGUGGACCACUCUCCCCGACGGUAAAUAAAUAAUUUCAUCCUGGAACUCCCCUCCCUCCCCCCCCCCACCCCCCCCCCCCCCCCCCCCCCCCCCCCCCCCCCCCCCCCCCACCCCCCCCCCCAAAAAACACAAAAAACAACACGCCAACAAAAAAGCAAAAAAAAAAAAAAAAAAACACAUAAGCAACACCAUAAAAACAAACACAAAGAAGGAGGAGGGGAGGAGGGAGAGAAAACAAGCAAGAACCAGAAGGAGGAGACAAAGCACAUAAAAAUAACAUUCAGUGAAAAUAAAAAAAAAUCCGUGGGAAUUAAUCAACUAUAAAUUUAAUCGGUUGGCCCCCCCCCCCCAAGAAUAAAAAAAAAUUUCUCCCCCGGCCCCCCCCCCCCCCCCCCCCCCCCCCCCCCCCCCCCCCCGAUCAGAAGGGACGCGUGUACUACACUGGCCAAAAAAAAACCAUAGGCAUUGCUGGCAUAACAGAAGUCAAAUUAAUCGGGCAAAUUUCCUAGCUAUCAUAUACAACUAUACUCCGAAGGGGAGGUGAAGAGUGGUGGUAUAAACCGCGACGCAAAGCGUCGAGGUAUAAAUCUAGCACUGUUCACCGACCCUGCGGGGGGUGGUUGUUUUAGCAUUUACCAAAUCAUUUGGAUAAAAUAGAAAAAAAUUACUUUUUGUAAAUUUUAAAUGUGAUCAUGACAUAGUCGGAACUUUGUUUACAAUUUACAAACGUUGCGGGAAAUUUUCAUGUGCAUGUUUAUGAUUUUGUUGCAAAUAAUUCAGCAUGAAAACAAUUUUCUACCUACCAAUAAACACUGACAAAACAAAGUUCGUCGCUUUCUAGGUAUUUUUUUUCUACGACUACUUGAUUUAUCGAUAAAAUUUGGUCUCCCGGAAACGUCUCUAAAUGAGGCGCCAUCUUGGCUCGGGACGCAAAACAGUGAAUAGCCAAGGAUAUUCCGAGUUACGUAUACGGGAGCCAAUCAAAACGAGCGAAAAUUUGUAUUCACUGAUUUGGUAAAUACUAAUAACCAACAGUUCGACUAGUAAAACUCAUCCUCGACAGAGCCAGAGCAGGUGUGGAUAUUUAUAAUAUUAGAUGUGUUUCCUUUCUGGUAACGGCUCUAGAAAUAAAUGAUUAUAGACUGUAAAUUAAUGUAUAUGUUUGCUAUACGUCAGGUGGCGUCUGCAAAAGGCAUUCUAUACACCUCAGAGUGUGGGUGAGACUGGUUGCUCUGGGAUUGGAUGGCACGACUUGAUUCUCACUUACCCCAGGUUUAUAUCAAAGGAACGAAAGAUCUUAAACUUGGCAGACUUUGAAAAUAUAUCUCCGUAUUACAUCUGCAACACAACUGUGAAUAACUGGAAAAGGACACCAGACGAUGAAGAAUCGUACGAGCUGCUCACACUCACUCCACGAGAAAUACAACGGCUGGACAGCCCGUACGAAGAGGACACCUUCAUGGACAAACUAGAGCCUGACGAUAUAAGACUGUCUGAGGCAAUGGCUUUGUCAGCAGCUUCCCUGUCACCUCACUUGAGGCUGGUGGUGGGAGACACCAGUCAAGUGAAACAUUUGGGCACAGAUUUGAUGAUAAUUGUAGGGACCGCCAUGGGGACAUCUAUUUUGUCAGAUCUUCAAACAGAAGGAAGAAAAAAUAUGCUCUACAAAGUAAGAUAGAUUACCUCUGGCAGAGAUUUCCAACUAACUUCAAUUUACAAUAAGUGUACUACUUCUUGUUAACGGUUUCUGUUAAAAUUAAAAAAACAAAAUGCUUUUUGGAGCAUGCGGAGUAUUUGUUGCACAGAACUUGUUAGGAAAUGCUAUACUGUUAGGGCCUAAAGGUUAUCUUCGGGCUGCAGUAGUGCACAAUUCUUUUUUCAUGGGGUGAGAGGGACCUCUCUGCGCAAAUUGGGAUCAGCAAAACUAAAACGAAAUAGGUACCCUUGAAAAAUGGAUAUUAUUGGUUGCUGUCUAACCUGGGAGUUUUAGUCAAUGUCCACAGAUGGCAAUUAAAUUUUUAUCAGAUCUACUCCUUAUUUUUUUCAGAUUUUACCACUUUUAAUGGAGACCUUACGUGCGCUUCCCUUGAUCGUAUUCCCCAUCCUAUACUUUGUCGAUGGAGACGAGAAAUGGAUGACCAUAGCAGUUUUCUUUUACUUGGGAAUAAUCUUUACGUUAUCGUUUAUUGCGAUGAUUCCCACUGGAAAAGAAAAACCAGGGCCACCAGAAAAGCUUACAAGGUACAGUGUAUGUCAUAUAUCAGUUUUGAAGGUUCUGGUGUUCAUUUUUCAUUAUCUUACUAAACCAAGAAUACCAUAAGCAGUAGGAGUAGACACCAUAAAUUAUUUAAUUAUAAACUUCGCCAUGGGGCCUGGAUCACUCACAGAGCAAGCUCCACUACGAGGUCCAGCAAAAAAAAGACAAUUAAUAAUGCAACUAACAAGAAUUACAAUACUUUAGAAACGACAAAAAAAGAAACAGAAAUGCAAAAACAGAAUUGGGGAGGACAUCGAUAAAAAAUCAACAGCACAUACGAUCGAGCAAGCUGUUCAAUGGCCAACUAGUGGGCACUUAAUACACACACUCUCAAAGGUCUGGGGGGUGUCGACAUCAUAAACAGACUAAGUGAGAUACAAGUAAUAACUACUGAACCGCCAGUGUUCCGGAGGUGGCCUGGUAAAGUAUUCCAGAUUCUUGGGGCUCUACGGUAAAAACUGUUCUCAAAGGUGACGGUGUUGGCCUUAAUCGUAUUCAACAGCGUACCCUUGGAGGAGACAGUGUGCCUGGGUCUAGUGGAAUUGAUGACUGAAAUAAAAGGAUCCGAUGGACAAGCUAAACAUUUGAAUAAGGACACCAAAUCUAAAAACUUGUGCCAAUAACAUAAUGGUAGUAGCCCAAUUGUCAAAAGCCUCUGCUCGUAACUAACUUCAGACCGAUACGGCAAAGACAGAAUGAAUUUUGUUGCGCGCCGCUAAAUUCUGUCGAUGUCAAGGAUAUGAUUAACAGCUUGAGGAGCCCACACCUGCGAGCAAAUGAAUCCAGUGUUCCUUGAACCUCUACUAUAUACAGAGGGGCUUAUUUUCACCAUUUUUCACCAAAAUUAAGUAACAAAUCAAUGAAAGCCUAGCCUAAGAAAACAGACAACAUUUCGAGACGCCAACAAAUGAUGUCCCCUCAAAAUGACAAGUGAAAAUUAUAACGAGCCCAAAAAUUCCAUACUGAGGACAUGUCACUGCCCAGAUCUGGAGUGACGCGUCAUCAGUUUGGGUUCUACGCUCGUUUCUUGACGUCAUUUUGCAGGGAAACUGUUGCGGCGUCGCGAAAUGUCGUCUGUUUUCUCAGGCUAAUGAAAGCCUAACUUAUUAAUCGUUGUAUUCUUUUUCAUUCUCUUCUAUCAGGUGGUUUUUAAUUAAUAUACCCUACGUACGCUUUAUACGAGACAUGACGGGGAUCAUCAACGUAGGCCCAUCACCCCCUCCAGUCAUGCGCAUCAGUGAUGGCGGUCAUACUGAAAAUCUCGGCUUGUUACCUCUGCUCAAGCUACGAUUAGAAAAAAUCGUUAUCGCCAACGGAACAGAAUGCAAAUCAGACAAAAAUUAUGGUGUUGAGUUACUUCACUCGUUAGAACUGGCCAGAAAAAAGCUUCAAUGCUCUUUCACUGCUUUAGACGGCCGUGACGUUAUGGAAGAUAUCCGGGUAAACUUUGUGGACAAGAAACAAGGCGAGCAGCCAAGAAGCUACACGUAAGUACAUUCGCUUUCAUAAACUAAGCUGUCUGUAAAACCCAGCUCAACUGGUUCCUUCAGUGUAGUUGAGUGAAUCCCUGCUGACUUCAUUGUUUACCUUUUUGGUAAUUAGCAAACAGGUUAACCUAUAGAAAACGUCGCCUAAAAGUUGAAAGAGCUGGUUAAUUUCAGCAGUUUGUGCAAUUUCCAGCUCUUUGCAAGCAAUACUAAGAAAAUAUAGGCAAUCAAAUAUUGCGAAGUUGCUGGAUGGCAAAAACGUUAAUGACCAGAUACAUUCUUUGUAAAUGUUUGUCGAGUGUUUUCAAAGAAAAUUUCUCUGAACUUUUUAGCUAUAUCAGGCUCGUGAAAUUUCCAGUUAUAAAUGAGAAAUUUUAUGCCCUGUCAAUUAGAUGUACGUUUGACGCCGGUCUAAUUUCUAUCAUCAGGUUUAAAGUCAGUUACUACUCAGCAGACCAUGAUAACGGCAUCGAAAGGAUGGUUGGAGUAGGGCAAAUUCUAUUACUCGCUCCUCGGCAUCCUAGCAAGGGAGUGCGAACUAAAGAACGCGUUUCAUGGAAAAUAGCGUUGCGUGACAUUGAUGUUGAUCUUGAAGCUGGUCAGUGGGGUACCGGGCCUACGCUAAAGGCAGAAGAAGUUGACCGUUUAACUUUUUGUUGCUGUGAGUGCUGCCAUGGUUCAACCUGCCGCUCAGCAUCACAGUGGUGUUGUGGCUCCUUCCCAGGUCACAGCAAUGCGAAUCAGUUUUUCACACCUUCCUUGUUUUCGGCUUAUCAUCGUGAAGGCUACCGAGCAUGUGUGGAGGCGAAGGCAGCAGAGUUUCUCUCCACAUAAAUCAAUUAACUGGCAAUUAGCUGUUAGAACUAACUGGUUCAAAAGAACAAUGGGCAAUGUUUGAACCUACUAAACUUGUUAUUUGAUUAAUUUUUUAUAUUCAUGAUGAU